GCCGCUCUCGCCGCCGCCGGCCGACGAGGACGUCCGCCCCGAAGACGGCGCGCUGCCCCUCAUCACCUCGAUAAAGACCGAGACGGACGACGAAUCGCAAGGGCCGGCGGCAAACGUCGCUGAUUUGUCCGAGGUGGUGGAGACGAAGUUCGGCGCGGAGGCGGCAAGCCCGGCGCGCCCGGUCAGCGGCAUGGACAACACCCACAUCCAGAGCCUGAUCGCCCAGCUGGCGUCGCCCCGCUCGGCCACCGGCGGCGCCAAGAAGGGCCCGUACAGCUGCCGCUACUGCGGCGAGACAUUCAAGGCCAAGGAGCACCUGAACAGGCACGAGCGCAUCCACACGGGCGAGCGGCCGUUCCCCUGCGUGCUGUGCGGCAAACGCUUCAGCCGCAAGGACCACCUCAAGAUCCACGUGCUGAUCCACACCGGCGAGAAGCCGUACAGCUGCACCAUGUGCAACAAGCGCUUCACGCAGAAGCAGACGCUGAUCGAGCACGAGAACGUGCACCUGGGCCGGAAGCCGUUCCGCUGCGACCUCUGCGACGCCUCGUUCCCGGCUAGGGGUAACCUCAAGUACCACAAGCGCAGCGUGCACGGCUGUGCCAUGACCGCGCCCGGCAAGAGCGGCUCCGGCCUGGAGGCGGCCGACUAGCGGCGGCGGCGGCGCAGCGCGCGGGCCGCCACUCCGGUCAACGCCGGUCAACUUCGGUCCCGGACGCGUGGUCCGGUCCGGGGCGGGACGCUUGGUCGACGGCGCGUCCCGUCCCGCAGCAGGCAGGCAUUAUAUACCAAUGUACAACGCAACAAGGAGGCUUUUCGUUCACCCGGUUCGCACCCGACCAUGCACGUACGUUUUAGCCCACCAUACCUGUAGAUAGGAGGCGGCGCGGCCGGGGCGGGCUCCGGCCGCGCCACGCCCAGUAGUACAAC